GCGAUCAGAAAAACUUUUCAAAACUUUGGCCAGCUUCUGUCCCCCCGACGCGUAGUUCCCGAUGGUCCGCCCCGGGCAAGGCUCGGGGCGCCCCCUCCCCCUCCCCGCCUCCUGUGAGGCGCGCGGAGCCGCCGCCCCCGUUGAGGGUCUCACGGGCUGACGGGCGGGCUGGCGGGCGCGCAGCUAGUGGCCGCCGCCGCGGUAACCGUCCGCCUGCUCGGGCUCUGCCCCACGGCCUGCCCCGCCGCAGCAUGGACUACCUGACCACGUUCACGGGCAAGAGCGGGCGCCUUCUGCGGGGCACGGCCAGCCGCCUGUGGGGCUUCGGGGGUGGCGGCGAGGCCCGGCAGGUGCGCUUCGAGGAUUACCUGAGGGAGCCCGCCCAGGGGGACCCCGGGUGCGGGGCCCCGCCCCACCGGCCCCCGGCGCCGUCCAGCCCGGAGGGACCCGACACUGGCCAAAAGAAGACCCUAGACAAGAAAGAUGGGAGACGAAUGUCUUUUCAGAAACCUAAAGGCACUAUUGAGUAUGCUGUUGAAUCAAGGGAUUCUUUGAAUAGUAUAGCCCUGAAAUUUGAUACAACGCCCAACGAACUUGUUCAGUUAAAUAAGUUAUUCUCCCGAGCAGUUGUUACUGGACAGGUUUUAUAUGUUCCUGAUCCUGAAUAUGUCUCCAGUGUUGAGAGCUCUCCAUCUCUAAGCCCCAUAAGUCCUCUGUCACCAACAUCGUCUGAGGCUGAAUUUGAUAAGACCACUGUACGUAUCCUUGCUUUUCAAAGAUAGCUUGAAGAAAUCUCACUGUAUAUGUAUAUAUCAUCAUGGUUUUUUAAUCCUACUUUGACUAUGGUUAGAAAGAAAUUUUUUACUUUUUAUUUUGUUACUUAAAUUUGUAAAUCCCAGUUUUUAGAGUGAAGCAUUCUUAUUUAAACCAGGCAGCUUCAAUUGACUUACUAUUGGUGAUGGUGGUUAUCGAAAGAUAUUCAUCAACUUUCUCUUAUAAAUAAUGUAUUAACUAAAGAAGAGUUUUAUCUAACAAACUUGAAAGUAUCAUGAUAUGAAGUCCAUGUUCAAUGUGAUUUUUAUUUUAGUUUCUGUGAAUAUUUAUAUAGUACUUAGAACUGAGUUCAUCUUUAAUACACUGCCUUUUAAAAAAUAAUUUGUCAUCAUCUUAGUCAUUCUUCUGAAUAUUAAUUCUGAGCAAUUAAUAGUGGAUUAAUUUAUCUAACAUUUUUAAGGAAUGAAAACAUUCUCUAUAAGUUACAUUUUACAAAUGAAUUUCAAAGAACCAUACUUUCUUGAAUUAUUUUCAUUAAAAAAUCUCUGAAAGGAGUUAUAUUUUUUGUGCCUUUUCUGUAUAAAUUAAUAAUUAUCAUUUCCCGUUUUCAUAAUGACCUAACAAUUGUGUUUACAUAUGAAAGGCUAUUUCUCCAUUAAAUGGCUAGACUCCUGUGGGAUUCUUCUAUGUUGCUCUGCUGACUUUAGGAGGCAUCCUUUUUUUCUCUGCCCUGGUUUGCACUCACAGUUUAGAAUAUCACAUAGCACACUGGUAACAAAGCACAAAGUAUUAAUAUUAAUUUGCCUACAAAUUAUUAGGCAUUAUUAGUUUCUAAACUCUAGUAUUUAGACUAGUUCCACUUUUUUUGUGAAGUACAUGAUAUUAUUGAUAACUAUUUUUCUUCUUGCCCGGGGAUUUUUUUCUGUGUAUUUGUGUAUGUAUUUGUGUGUUUGUGUGUAUGAGAGAGAGAGAGCCAAGUGGGGUCUUUUUCAAAUGUUUAUUUGUUGGAUAUCUUAUCUGUAUAAAUGUGACAAUGCUGUACUUUAGAAUGCGGUCACGUGAAAGGAAUAUAUUACAUUUAUCCUCAUCAUUGAUGACAAAUGAUGUCAGGUUCUAAUGAUAGGUAUUGCUGGACCAAAUGAUGCAAGAAUACCUUUUUGAACAUGGCCAUGCCAUUUUCCAUGGGAUUUACGAAGAGAUGUACUCAUAAGGGGCAACGAUAAAGGAGAGCAGUAUAGCCUUAGGUUAAUUUAGCUGUGUUUCAAACCCUAAAGGAGAAUUAAAAGCUAGACUGUAGCAUUUUGCCUGACUAGAAACCUGUGGAGCCCUUUCUUUCCUUGAGCUUUAACCCAAGUUUGCCUACCAACUGGCUUUAUUGAAAGAUCAAAGAGAAGAGAGUGCUGAAGCUCCAAGGAAGCAACAAGGCCAGGCCUCCUCCUAUGUGAAAAUAUUCUCUUCUUCACUUUUGCCAUAUUGGUGAAAGAGAAGGAGAGAAUAAAGCAGCCACAUGAAUGACCUUUUAACCUGCAGUGACUCAGCUGCUGUCAAAGAUGACCCAGAAAGUAUUCUUUAAUAUAACCAGUCAUAUGAAUAAAUUCUUUCUCCCUGAGAUGGAUCCAGGAAAAAGGUAAGACACCGAAGAACUCUUGAAGUUCCCUCUACCCAGAUGAUAGCCAUCACCUGCUUUCUAAUUGUGGGCAGUAGUUAGGAAAUAAUUACUAAACAGAAUGCUAUAAACUUUAGUUGUAUUUUUUUAAACUUUAGUUGUAUUUUUUUUUUUGCCUAGAAAUAUAUUCAUUACUAGACUCCAAGAUAAUAGCCCUAUAUAACUCUCUACAUAUCUCAAGUGCUUCUAUCUCUGUAUUGCAAUUAUUGGACUUAUGUCUCCUAUUCUACCUAUAAGUCCCUUAGAAACAAGCAUCUUAUGUUUAAUUAGAUAUAAUUCAUAUUUGUAUUAUAUUAAUUAAAAUAAUGUUUAUUAGCAUUGUCGUUAUAUGUUUUUCCUCAAAGUUUUCCAUUUGUAUGUCUAUUAGUCACUGAUAGGUUUUCUGAAUUUUCAGCUUUGUAGUGGCUUACCUAUGAGGCUAAAAUUUCAUAUUCCUGGGUUUUUUAGCAUAAAGGAUUGCAGUGGUUUUUUAAAUAAUUUAUUUUUACAUAAAAAUAUUAUCUUCGAGAUUUCCAGGGUCAAACAAUUUUUUCCGUGUUUUUUCUUCACAUAUUAGUGAGGAAACAUAGAAGGAGGUAAAACCAAAGUGAGAGUAGGUAAAUGAUAAAUUGCUAAAAUUUACUAUGUGUCAGUUAUAAUUCUAAGCACUUUAAAAGUAGUAUUAUUUAGGCCUAAUGUCAAACUUAUGAGAGAAGCACUUGGCCUGGCUGUCUUUGUUUUCCCCUCUAGAUCCAUUCUACACCCUUCUCUAGCCUCCUUUGGGCAAUAGACAUUAACUGGCUCCCUUGACCUUUUGCUUCUGUUGGUUUUUGCCUUGCAAGAGCAUUGGCAGAAGAUCAGAGAAAAUGAGGAAGCAGGGGCAUAUUUAUUGAGCUAGCUCCCUCCCUACAAGGUCACCCCAGAGUGGCUACAUUUUCAACGUCUUAUCACCUGUCAGACAACCCUUUCCACAGAACCCUGUCUGUCUCUAGGUUUAGGCAUCUGCUUCUCCUCCUUACCUCUGUAGGCCUACGCAUGAUAAUGAAGCCUCUGUUGCUGUUUGCCCUAGAUUUUCAGAGACAGUGCAUACUUUUGUAAAUAUUUCUAUUAUUAAACUCUCUUAGAAUUAUUCAAUUUCGUGUGCCCUCUGUUUCUUCCAGUACCUGACCAGUACAGUAUUUAGUUUAUAGACGAGGAAACUGAGGGAAAGAGAUUAAGUAAUUUGUGUUUAAGAUCAUGCAGUUAGCUGGCAGUUGAGUUAGAAUUCCAACCCAAGUAGUCUGGGUCCAGAGCCUAUGUUCUUUAUUACCACUUCAUAGCUGGAGACUUAUAACUCAAACAUUACUACUUCUCAAUAAAUAAGAGAUAAGUAAUAUUUAAUCAUUAUAAGUGAGUGUAGUAAUAGCUGCCACCUUGCACUAUCAUCUUCUUGUAAGACUCUUUAAAUCUAACAUUUUAUAAAUAUAGAACCCUUUUGUUUGUUUGUUUUACCUCCUUUGGUUUCUCCUCUCUGCACCUUAAAAAUUUUCAUAAUAAUGCCAUUUUGGGCGAAAACUACUAGUGUGAUAUCUUCAGGAUGAAAUUCAGAGGAAAACUGUUUAAAAUAAGUAAUGUG